AUGAUGAUCGGGAUUCGCCGUUUCGUGGGGAUGCGCUCGCCGGCGACGACGUUCGUCCGGCGGGUCCAGACGUACAUCAGCAACGACCAAGUAUACGUCCACGACUUGGGCAACGACCGCUACGGGUACCUGUUUUCCGCCGACCCUAGCGCGAUGCUCAUGGGCACCAAAGUCGGGGGCACCCCGCACGCCAUCGACCCCGAGCAGUUUGAGGAAAACAAGCAGUUUGUCGACUUCCUCCACCUGAUGUUCAAAGACCACAUCACCGACGACUUCGCCUUCAUCUGCGAGGCCGGCACCCAGGCGGACUCGUUCAUGCCCAUCUGGGAUUUCCGCGAGGUGCCGCGGUUCUCGCGCACCCCGAACCCGGACCUGGUGUUUGGCUACGUCAUGGUCGACAAGGAAGGGAAAAUGGUGCCCAAGAGCUACGACCGCAACCACAUGUAUCGGGUGUGCAACAAGGACGGGUUGACCAAGUUGUCCGACCACAUGCACCAGGCGGUUAAGGAAGCCCUCGAAGCACAAAAGUAA